AUGAACAGAGCAGGCAGUAUGCAAUCAAGUCAACCCAAGCUGGAUUGCUGCAAGUUUUCCAAUUGUUCACAGGGUCCAGGAUGUCUAGAUUCUUGUCAGUUUCACUCUUCGCCUUCGCCUUCCAGACCUGUCUCUACAGCGCCGCUGGAGGAGAUGCUGGUCAACCAGUCCAGAGUGUCAUGGCCGUCUACCCCAGGUCCUGUCAUAUAUGUGGUGAUGACUGGUUCAGAAUGUCUAGAGGCGUGUCAGUUCCACUCUCCACCUCCCAGACCUGUCUCUACAGCGCCGCUGGAGGAGAUGCUGGUCAACCAGUCCAGAGUGUCAUGGCCGUCUACCCCAGGUCCUGUCAUAUAUGUGGGUUCAGAAUGUCUAGAGGCGUGUCAGUUCCACUCUCCACCUCCCAGACCUGUCUCUACAGCGCCGCUGGAGGAGAUGCUGGUCAACCAGUCCAGAGUGUCAUGGCCGUCUACCCCAGGUCCUGUCAUAUAUGUGGGUUCAGAAUGUCUAGAGGCGUGUCAGUUCCACUCUCCACCUCCCAGACCUGUCUCUACAGCGCCGCUGGAGGAGAUGCUGGUCAACCAGUCCAGAGUGUCAUGGCCGUCUACCCCAGGUCCUGUCAUAUAUGUGGGUUCAGAAUGUCUAGAGGCGUGUCAGUUCCACUCUCCACCUCCCAGACCUGUCUCUACAGCGCCGCUGGAGGAGAUGCUGGUCAACCAGUCCAGAGUGUCAUGGCCGUCUACCCCAGGUCCUGUCAUAUAUGUGGGUUCAGAAUGUCUAGAGGCGUGUCAGUUCCACUCUCCACCUCCCAGACCUGUCUCUACAGCGCCGCUGGAGGAGAUGCUGGUCAACCAGUCCAGAGUGUCAUGGCCGUCUACCCCAGGUCCUGUCAUAUAUGUGGUGAUGACUGUCAGACUUGACAUCCUCCGUAUUUCCAGGGUUCAGAAUGUCUAG